AUGCUUACUCUUCUGCAUCCAGCUUCUCCUUAUCAUAGCCGCAACUCUGCUACCGACGUGAACCUCCGCAUUGGGAAUGGCGGGGCUGGGAAGAGUGGACUUAUCAGGAUCACUCUGACGAAUGCUUUCAUCAAGUCGAGCGUGAAAAACGGUUCCGCAGCAUUCAAGCCCGCCUGGUACAAGAGUAACACAACCGAGUCCAUCCACUACCGCCCUGUCUGGUACGCCUGGCGCGACCACUUUAUGCUGACUGGUCCUCACUCCAACACAGCUCAACUGAGCAAGACCAGCGACAUCUUGACCAUGUUCUCCAGCCUCUACACUGCGGCCAAGAACCGCAUCGGCCCUGUUCGUACCAGGUUUCUUCCACGGUAUGACAAGUCCGCCACCAGCAUCAAGGAAUCUGACCCUUGGAUUGGCAUUGGACAGCUACGUUGCUCCAGUCCCGCUGUUCCGUGGACGGCAUACUCCACGUGGUACCACCAUUACAUCGCUUAUCCCUUCCAGGCGCUGACCGCCGCUAUCCUUCUGGAGAAGGAUCUGCAACGCCAGACGACCAUCUACAAGACGGCGACCGGCACCUCUAGUGACUUUCUGCUCAAUCCUGCCCACAUUAUAAAUGGCAAUAUGGCCACAAACGCCGAGGUGGCGCAUAGCUUUGCCCAGUGGGUUAUUAGUAAUAAAGGACAGGCUAUCAUCACUGGCUUCGAGAAGUACGGACAGCAGCUGUAUACAGGCGCACCGGCUAACAAGACUGCCCAUCUUCAAGACCUCUUGGCCAAUGAAGGACUAUUGAGAAAACGCUUCGAUUGUUCCGGUCAUUUGUUGCAGACAGUACUUCGAGCAACAUCCACCUACCCCAGUUGA